ACAUGCUAAGUUGAUGGUGUGUAGUUGCAACUGCCUGUAAAGGCGGGAGGAUGAAAAUCGUAUUUGUCAAUUGUUGCCUCAAACAAGAUGUUGUUUAUGUUGUGUUUCGCUAUUGCUUGUACUCUUGGUGCUAAUUUGCGUAAUUCGUUUUCCACAUGUUCUCCAUACACUGAUCAGUCAUCUCUCCUAACAGAUGCCUUUAAAAUUGCGUGUGCUUCUUCCCUCCUUUCCUCUUCCAUUGAAAGUUUCUUUUUCUUGCACUUUCCUUUUUUUAUUAUCUAUCUGCUCACUCGGCUAGGUGGCAGUUGAUAUUGAGUCAUAUUUGCCAGUCCAAUUCCAUCGUUCAUAGACAUAACUGUCGAUUCCUGACUUGCAGCACUUUGUUCACCAUCUAUCACCUCCGUGUCAUCCUGAAUAAAUAACGUGUGGUAGCUUUCAUAUAGAUAACUCACACACGUUUUGUCUAUUCGUGGUAAUGGCCAAAGUGAGCACUAAAGGUGCCACUAAUUUGAACACUGUACACUAGAAUAGCAUUACUUUUCCUGUUCUUAGAAACAUGUGUUAACCGGGAGGGGGGCGUCCUAUUUAAUUGCCCACGUGGGGCAAUGUAUGUCAUUCGCUCCCUAACUAUUAGGUAUCGUUAUAUAAGAUAGGAAAUGUUUCCAAAACAUUUAUUACGAAUAGAAGAAAACCUGUAAACUGUACAUGGAGGGACCUGACAUUACAAUAAAGUAAAUAUCUGCACAGAUGACGAAAUCUUCAAAAUUUGUGUGUUACGAUUAUGCUUGAUAACUAUUUUCCAGAUUCCAAACAGUCCUAAAGCAUGGAAAAGUUAAGCACGAGAGUUCCCCACUGCAUGUAACUAUCCACACUGCAUAGACGCCGUGGACGGCAAACAUGUACUGAUUCGUUGCUCAAAUAACACUGGUGACCUAAGAAUAAAGUGUGAUCACCAUGGCUAUGAUAUUCAGCACGGUGCUAGCAGAUGUCACCGUCGUUGUGGCCACAUGCUUAGUUGCGGCGUAUCUGUACUUCGCCAGCGCCUUCAGAUACUGGAAGAGACGAGGCGUCCACUACGUUCCUCCCACAUCAAUAUUUGGGAACAUGGGUGGAGUAGCGUUGCAGAGGGAACACAUUGGUGAAUACCUCAAGAAAGUGUACGACAGCAACCCGGAUCAACCCGUAGUCGGCCUCUUCGCCUUCAGGAAUCCCAUUCUGAUGGUGCGUGACCUCGAAGUGGUGCAGAGCAUCAUGGUGAAGAAUGCACAUGCUUUCUUGGACAGACCCGUGAACAUUUCACAGGAAAGUAACCCAUUGGUUUCCAGGAGUCUCUUUGCUCUGAAGGGCAAGAAGUGGAGACACUUGAGAACGAAACUCACACCCACCUUCACCUCUGCGAAGAUGAAGAAGAUGUUUUAUCUCAUCAAUGAAUGCGGCAAGCAGUUACUGCCUUGCAUAGAAAUGGAAAUGGAAAAAGGAAAGCAUGUGAUGGUGAAGGACACAGUGGCCAGAUAUUCCACGGAUGUCAUCUCGUCCUGUGCUUUUGGAGUCGACGGCAACGCUCUUGUGGAUCCGAAUAGCGAAUUUCGAGCAACCACGAGGAAGAUCUUUGAAAUAACUAAACUACAGAAUUUGGCUUCCACCCUCGUUACCCUUGCACCACCACUGAUAAAAGCACUUAAGUUGGAAAUUACCGAUGACAACAUCAACAACUACUUGCGCAAGUUAUUCUGGGAAGUUGUUGACCACCGCAAGAAGAAUAACGUUUCCCGAAACGACUUUGUGGAUGUUCUGAUGCAGAUAAAGGACGAGGGUCAAGUCCGAGCAGAAGAAGAUGCACAUGACAAGGAAGAAAUAAAGCAAGACAGUAUGGACAUUAAAAAACUGAGGAUCGAGACGGUAGAUUCGAAGCUGGAGGAUGAUGACUUCGUGGCUCAAGCCUUCAUUUUCAUAGCUGCAGGAUUUGAGACUUCUUCUUCAGUCAUAGCGUUCACACUUUACGAGUUGGCAAUAAACCCUUCCAUUCAAGACAAGCUGAGGAGAAAAUUGAUGACUGUUCUAGAGAAACAUAACUCAGAAGUUACCUAUGAAGCAAUAGCUGAGAUGGAUUACCUGGAUAUGGUCAUUUCGGAGACAUUGCGCAAGUACCCAACUGUACCAAUACUGGCAAGACAGUGUUUAGAAAACUUCAGGAUCCCAGGAACCGACAUCACAAUAGAAAAAGGAACGAGUGUUAUGAUUCCUGUGCUGGCAAUACACUCUGAUCCUGCCAUAUACCCGGAACCAGACAAGUUUGAUCCUGAAAGGUUCAACUAUGAAAAUAAAAACAAACGUUCCAAGUUUGCACACAUUCCAUUCGGAGAAGGACCAAGAAUAUGCAUAGGUAUGCGGUUCGGCCAGAUGCAAGUGAAGACAGCCCUGGUGCAUAUUCUGACCACCUACCAGGUCCGGCCCUGCACAGAAACACCCUCACCUCCACUUCGGAUGAAACCCAUUGGAGUGAACACUCCCAGGAAAGAGAUUGCCCUGGCGUUCGACAGAAUCAAAUGAAUGUUUUGAUUAAGUUAAUGGAUUUUUUUACUUAGAAAUACUAUUUACGUUUGUUUUAAUGUGUCUGUUGCGUGCCUUUUGUUUUACUUGUAAUGCAUCACAACCAUGCCGGGAUAUUUCAGCCAUAUGUAUCAGCAGCAAUUAUUGGCUGUAGCAAUCGUUUCAUUAUGUAAUUAACAAAAACAAAUUAUAAAUGUUGAUUCUUAAGUUGUGUCUGUAGUGAAGUGCCUUGAGAACAUUCACACAUAAAUCAGCAUAACUAUUACUCAAUACUGGGAUUGGUUAUUUUUUAUACAAAAAAGCCUUAUUUUUAUUAUUAUGAUUUAUAGAAUGUCACAGCUAAAAUAUUCCAUCUCUAAGGAUGUUUCCAAUAUAGUAAUAACUAAAAACAUUAAUUUCUACACUUACCAUAGCUCAGUAACUAAUUAAAUAUGUUUUAACACUAAAAAGCACAUCUAGGAUUGAAAGAGAAGUAAAAUAAAAAAAAUUAUGUGCCAAGAUAAAAAAAUUAACAUUACUAGAUAGAUUUUUAAAGUUCGCUCGUGUUUUACACGAGUUUUGUAAAUCCUAGCUCAUUGAAGAUUUCAUUGCAAUUGUUCCAAAUAAUAUUUUAUUUAUAUACAUACGAGCUAGCAGCUAAUGUCUGCCUAGGAGAGGGGUUAGCAGACUGAAGUGAACAAAUUUUUCAAUUUUUUUAGAGAGCUUCAGCAUGUAUUUUCUCUGUAUCUACUUGGAAGUUUAAGACGAUAAAAAAAUAACAGGUAAAAUAAAAAUAUAUUUUCACAAAUUCAAAAUAAAGUCCACUUAGGGGGAAAAAAACGAGUAAAUGUAAAACAAAAUGAUGGUAGUCAUUAGCAGAGAACUGCUGAUGAAACAAGAAAACCUAAAUUAAUUUAAUUAAUUAUUAAAUUAAUUAAGCCCCUGGGCGAGUGCGGGGCGGGCGGCGCGACGGUAGGUGCGCGCGCAGGUUGAGGACAUGCAUUGUGAUUGGGCCGUUUCAUUUUGUUCGGCAUUUUUUUGUCAUGCUGUGGCAGCGCAGUGAGUUGCAGAGCCGUGCACUCUAGUGGCCAUGGCGAACCAGGCAGCCGCCUCGCGCCUGUCCUCGUUGGGGAGAGGACGGACACGGGACAACAAGUAAUUUGCAGUAAUAAUUACAAAUGUAAAGUUUAUAAUUUAUAAUAAAAUACAUAACUAA